AAAAGAGAAUGGGUUCAUUAUUCUCCUCCCCAAGCCAUUCACAAUAUAAACCUCCCUCUAAAAAUUUAGACUGAGGUCAGCUAAAAGCAGUAGCUAUGGCUGAAGCUAAUAAAUUUAAGGAUACACAUUACAUGAAAUCCUUUAGCAACACAGAGAGAUACCCUCCUAUUAAGGAAGCUCUGAAUGACCUGAAAUCCAUUUUUAAAGGAAGUUAUAUUGACAAAAUGUAUAAGGAGCAUAAGCAGUCUACUGCAAAAGUAGUCAUUUCCAUCUGGACUAAAGAGGUGGAACUCACGAAACUAAUCAAUGCAGCACUGAUCGUAGAUUCGGUAGAGACUUUCAACAAGGAUGUAUCAACUGCGAGUGUUAAGUACAUGAAGAAAGUGGUUGCUGAGUCUGGGAAGACCUAUCAGCAAAUCAUCGAUAAAAGCAUCAAAUUCAUGAGGCUCCUCAACUCAUACAUUGUUGAUGAAGGGAGAGAUUUCAAUACAGAAAACAGAGUUGUGUAUAGAGGAGUUAACAAAGAAAUCUUUUGAAAUGUGGAAUGCGGGAAGCUGAUCAGGAUAGUAAACUGGAGCUGCUGUAGUGAAGAUCUGCAUAUAGCUAAAAAUUUCACAAGAUUCCAGUCCUCUGAAGAUGAGAACAUCAACACGAUAGUAAGGUUUAAUAUCAAGAGUGGAUGCUAUAAUGCAGGCAAGCUUAAUGAAAUUGGAGUUUCCUGCUAUGUACAAGAAAAAGAGACUUUGAUCCCACCUUACACUGUAUGAGUUAUUAAAUAAAAAGACUAAGCUUACUAAUGAGGCCUUAAGGAGCAUCAUCUCUGAUACUUGUAGUCAUAGUGGUUUUAGCUUCUUUACUUCUUCUGGUAAGGAUGACGAUACAGCAUUUUCGGAGUGAUUCGAGAGAGAGAGGACGAAUUCUGACACAGAAAUUACCCAUUUGUUCGAGGUAGAUAUUUCAAUCAAUAGCAAGUCUUCAAUCUUAGACAAUGCGAAUGCAUGCUAUUUUUAGCCAAGUUAAGACAAGUUCAACCA